AUGAAAUCUGAUGUUGAUUCAGGACAGGUGAAACAGCUUCAGCGCUGGUUAGGUACAGAGAUUCUAGAUUUAUUUGAUCGCGAUGAUGUGACAGAAAUUGAGGUGAAUCCAGAUGGUCGCGUGUGGAUUGAUACAUUUCAAGGCCAUAUACAACUUGAGACGAACUUAGAUCAAAAUACACGUUUAUCAAUUAUGAAUACAGUAGCAACAUUAAAUGGUACAACAGUUAAUUAUAGUCAGCCGCUACUAAGUGCUUUGUUUCCUAUUGGCAAUCUACGUUUUAAUGGUCAAGUACCGCCGGUUGUUUCAGGCCCCUGUUUCACAUUAAGACUAACAGCUCACAAUAACCUGACCUUAGAAACCGCAAAAGAUGAGGGGACGAUUAGUGAGUCGUACUAUGAUUUUAUUGUUGGUGAUGUGAUCCCUAACUAUCGUAAUACGUUGAUUAUUGGUGGCACGUCAUCAGGAAAAACCACGCUUUUAAAUACGAUUUUACAGAAAGCCGCUGAUCUUUGUCCCGAAGAUCGUGUAAUCAUUUGUGAAGAUGUGCCUGAAAUCAAAGUAAGUCAUCCCAACCAGAUUUGCUAUACAACAGAUACACGUAGUGGGGUGACGAUGCAGACGUUAGUAAAAGAAGCGUUGCGUAUGAAUGUUACGCGGUUGAUGUUAGGUGAGGUUCGUGAUGCCUCAGCAAAUGACGUUUUGAAAGCCUGGAAUACGGGGCAUCCAGGUGGUUUUACUACGAUUCACGCCAAUGAUGCUAAAUCUGGAUUAAUCCGUUUGGAACAACUUAUGAUGGAAGGUGGAGUUAUGCCGCAACAAGAAUGGAUCGCAGAUGCUAUAGACGUUUUGAUUUUUGUUAAACGUCAAGAAAAAAAGAGAUAUAUUGCCGAUAUAAAAAAAGUCGUAGGUUUUGAUAAAAAUAACUACAUAUUAGAAAAAACCGGUGCGAAAGUUGUAGGUUUUCUAAUCGUAAUAGCAGUUGUUGGUGCGAUUGUAAGCUAUGCUCUCGACCGAGCUAACAGCAAUGUUGCUAGUGGUUCUACCUGGAGUCCAGCGCAACUGGAGCAAUUACAAGCCUGUGAAGCAAAACAUCAAGAUGUUACAGCUCUGCGAAAUUGUCUAAAAGAGAAAAAGGCUCAAAAAUAA